AUGGCAAUUGCCCUAUUGUUUCAAUCAAUCCCGGAAGCAUUGAUUCUACAAGUUGGGGAACUCGAGACGGCCAAGAAAGUUCGGGAUGCAGUCAAGGGACGUCAUGUUGGUGCAGACAGGGUAAGGGAGGCAAGGUUGCAAACUCUCAUGUCUGAAUUUGAUCGUCUCCGGAUGAAAGAUAGCGAUAGCAUAGAUGAUUUUGUUGGGAAGUUAUCCGAGAUUUCAUCUAAAUCAGCGGCCUUAGGAGAAGUCAUGGAAGAGAGCAAACUUGUGAAGAAAUUUCUUAAGUGUUUACCAAGAAAGAAAUACAUUCAUAUAGUUGCUUCUCUUGAGCAAAUUCUGGACCUAAACACCACUGGUUUUGAAGAUAUCAUUGGGCGUCUAAAGGCCUAUGAAGAACGCAUAUGUGAAGAAGAAGAAGAUCGACAAGAUGAUCAAAGCAAAUUAAUGUAUGCUAACAUGGAGACACAAUCAAAUCGAGACUAUCAUGGCGACUAUAGAGGAAGAGGCCGAGGAGGUAGAUAUAAUAAUAGAGGAAGAGGACGUGGAAGGUCCUACUGGGAGAACCGAGAGUCAUCAAGGUCGUAUUGGGAGAAUCGUGAUGCUUCUAAAGUAACUUGUUAUAGAUGUGAUAAGGUGGGUCACUUUGCGGCAAACUAUCCUGACAGACUUCUUAAGCUGCAAGAAACACAUGAAACUAAAGAAGAAGAUACAGAGGCGGCAGAUGCAUUGAUGAUGCAUGAGAUCGUGUAUCUCAACGAAAGAAACGUACGACCAAAAGAGUUUGAGUCGAGCUCUGAUGGAGAUAGAGUAUGGUACUUGGACAAUGGUGCAAGUAACCAUAUGACAGGAAAUAUGAGUUAUUUCCAGUCUAUUGAUGAAACAAUUACCGGGAAGGUAAGGUUUGGUGAUGACUCAAGGAUUGAUAUUAAAGGAAAAGGUUCCAUUCGUUUCCUCACACAGACAGGAGAGAAGAAGCUUCUAAAAGAUGUGUAUUUUAUACCUAAACUACGAAGCAACAUCAUCAGCCUAGGACAAGCCACUGAAGCUGGCUGCGAUGUAAGAAUGAGAGGUGAUUGUCUGACGCUACAUGAUAAAGACGGGAAGCUUAUUGUAUAA